AUGGCAGAAAUGGAGCACAAUAUUAAAGAAGCUGGUGGAUGGUUUGCUGAGCAUUGCCCAAUUUGGCCAGGACAAGCACACUUCUUGAAGGUUGAGAAAGUUUUAUUCGAGGGGAAGUCAAAGUACCAAAGAAUAAUGGUGUUUCAGUCAUCAGGAUAUGGGAAGGUGUUUGUAUUAGAUGGCGCUCUCCAACUGACAGAGAAAGAUGAAUUUUCAUAUCAAGAAAUGAUGACCCACCUUCCUCUUUGCUCCAUUCCAGCACCCAACAAGGUGCUGCUCAUUGGUGGAGGAGAUGGUGGGAUCCUAAGGGAAAUAUCUCGCCAUAAUUCUGUCGACCAAAUGGAUAUAUGCGAGAUCGACACAAUGCUGAUUGAUGUGUAUAAGGAAUUCUUCCCUGAUAUUGCCGUUGGCUAUGAUGAUCCUCGUGUAACACUUCAUGUUCAAGAUGGAACCGCAUUUUUGAAGUCUGUUCCGAAUGCUACAUAUGAUGCAAUAAUAGUGGAUGCAUUUGACCCCAUAAGACCAGAACAUGAGCUUUUUGGCAGUCCAUUCUUUAAGUUGACGGCAAAAGCUCUCCGUCCCGGAGGAGUGAUGUGCAUUCAGGCAGAAAGCCUGUGGUAUCAGCCACUCAACAUUGAUAAACUCGUCUCGAGUUUUCGCCAUAUUUUUCUAGGAUCCAUCAGCUAUGCUUGGACAGCAGUUCCAACAUAUCCAAGUGGCGUGAUUGGUUUCUUGCUUUGCUCAACCGAAGGGCCAUAUGUGGACUUCAAAAAGCCUGUCAACCCCAUGGAACCCGACCAAAUCACCGGCGUUGCCAAACAACCCUUGAGAUUUUACAACACAGAGGUACACUCGGCUGCAUUUUGUUUGCCAACUUUUGCGAAAAAGACAAAUUGACUUCAAUGUUUGAAGUGUU